AGACUUCACCACGAAAACUCUCCUUUCUGUUCGUUAGAGAGGAAUAAUCACAUCACAGCGCUCUGAACUCAGACAGGUCUGAGCGCUUUGUGAAGAGGCAGUGACUGUUUUCUGUUCGGCUGACAAGAAGUGGUGAAAUAAAUGCUGAAUAUCCCUCAAAGAGCCGUUUAAUGGAGGUCUACAACGAGAUCUCAGAGUCCAGAUCAGCCGUUGAUCCGGAGUGAAUCCAGUCCAGCUGCUCUGAUCUGUUAAUAGACUAAUGCUUUCAGCUCUAUAGAGAACCACAUUAAAGUGAUCUCUUAUCACACAACAUCACUGGAGGAGUCAUCACCACCAUCUCAAAGCUGACGAAGAUGUGCGUCCUGCGACUGACGCCAGACAACCUGUUCUUCGUUCUGUCCGGUAAAGUGGUCAACGGAGGCGUCAGCAUGUGGUGUGAGCUGUCACAGGCCAACUUCUUCGAUGAGUACCAGAUGGAGGGCGUGUCCUCUGAGGACAAUGAGAUCUGCCUGGAGGUGACUCCAGAGAACCUGUCCAGAGCCCUGAAGACGGUCCAGAACGCCAAAGCCGUCAAAGUUAAACUCACCAAGAAGCACUGCCCCUGCCUCACCAUCGCCGCCGAGCUGCCCACCCUGUCCAGCGUCAGUCGAGUUGUCACUCACGACGUCCCGGUUGACGUCGUCCCCCGGAGACUCUGGCACGAAUUCAAAGAACCGAGCAUGCCAGACUUCGAUGUCAGUAUCUACCUGCCUCCUCUGAAGACAAUGAAGAACGUCGUGGACAGAAUGAAGAACCUCUCCAACUUCCUGGUAAUGGAGGCCAACCUGAACGGAGAGAUGAACCUGAAGAUCGAGACGGAUCUGGUUUCUGUCACCACUCACUUCAAAGACAUGGGAAACCCUCCGUGGGGUGACGACGCCUCCCAGGACGGUGGUCCGUCUCAGAGCAGGGACCCAGAGGCCAUGGCCCAGGCCCGGGUGGACAUCAGGAAGCUGCAGCAGUUCCUCAUGGGACAGCAGGUCAACCCCAGCAAGGCCAUGUGCAAUAUCGUCCAUGAGACGGUCGUCCACCUGAUUCUGCUGCAUGAAGACGUGUCUCUGCAGUAUUUCAUCCCCGCGGUGGCGUAGAUGCUCAGCAGAUCGCCUCAACUUAUCUCUGCUCACUGUGAGUUUGGGGAAAAUGGGCUGUGAACGUGUUUCUGGUGUUUUCCUCACGUGGCAAAGGAUUCCUCUUCUGCAUGGAACCCAUGAGACCAAACUCAGCAUGUCUGGGCGUGUGUCCUCCGUCUUAACGAGCCUGAGGCUGGUUCCAGUCCUCACAGUGGACCUUUGGUAGUAGGAGGGACAUGCUGGUUAAUGCACAUUCAUCAAGGAGGAUUUGGACAGUUCAAAAAGACAACAGCACACAUUCAUUGUUUGAGUUCAGCUGGUUAUGUGCUUGGUAUUAAAAGUGUUUAAAAAUGAAA